AUGAUGAACAGUAUUGUGAUUCUCNUACUUUGUUCUCUUUUUUCAUUCACUUCCCAUGCUUCUUCUAUUAUUCGGCAAAAUUUCUGCAAGGCUGACCUCUACCGUGAAAACACCCCUUCUGGCUAUCAUUGUCUGCCCUCUGAUAAAGUAACAGCUGCAGACUUUAAGUACAGUUUUAAUGGAAAACCAGACAUUGUACUCCCAUCCAAAGUUUUAAUAUUCCUUGCAACUGUUCAGCAGUUUCCUAUGCUNAAUGGACUUGGCAUUUCUGCAGCACUUGUAGAGAUCGAGGAAGGUGGAUUUUUUCCACUGCAUGAUCAUGAUGCCGAUGAAAUAGUAAUGGUGCUUAAAGGUCAAGUUGAUGUUGGAAUCUUGACACCUCAGAAAGCUUUUCGCAAUACACUCAUACCGGGAGAGAUUAUCCUUUUUCCAAAAGGACUGCCGCAUUAUGCUAUCAAUUCUGGUCCGGGGAAAGCCGUUGGUGCUGCCGCUUUGA